AUGACCAAAAAGAGGUCGACUCUACGAGUCGUCUUCCUGCUGGUCGUUUAUGCCUUCCUCGGCUCGAAGGCCUUCAACAUCGAUACGAAACAGCCGCUCAUUCAUCGAGGCCAACCCAACACUGGGUUCGGGUAUUCCAUCGACUUUUACAAGAGUGGCAACACUGUUGAGUACGGUUUUUUGCUUUUUUUAUAAGGCUGAUCUAAAACGUCGCUACAACUUUUUUGUGGAGGAGGGGGGGGAGGGGGGUAUGAAAGCAAAAAAAUUUUUUUGGCCCGCAGGGUAGAGCCAAAUAAUGACUUGUAAGUGAUCAGCUUAAAGCCAUAUCAGGCCAAAAUCAUCAAAGCUGCGCGAACUAACAUAUCUUAUUUAAGGCUAUUAGCCGGAGCCCCAUUUGGCCGAACAAACCAAAGGGACAUCACUCGGGCUGGUACUGUUUACAAAUGUGAAACGACCAGCAACCGAUGUGCUGAAAUUGUGUUUGACAGAACUGGUAAGGCAUUCUUUUUAUUUUUGGCAUUUUUCUAUUUGACUGAAGGCAUUAUCAUUGAUUUCAAGCUAUAUUAUCAUAGAUUUUGCUGAGUUAAUGUACAUCUUUUAGCUUUUUCUACUAAAAAACGGUCGAAAAGUCCAGUUCACUCUAAAAAAACUGUAAAAUUUUUCAAAAAAUGAAAUCUUUCUUCAUUUUCAGGCAAUGAACGCCGCCUAAACGGCAGCCGUCUGUUGCCAAUCGAAGACAAGUCCUACCAAAUGUUCGGAGCCACCGUGAUUGCCAGUAAGAACAGCGAUGGUGUUCUGGCCUGUGCUCCACAUUACAAAUACUUCUUUUCGCGAUUCGAAGUAGUCGAACCGGUCGGAACUUGCUUCUACGCUACAGAAAACUUCAACAAGAUCACCGAGUUCGCGCCGUGCCGUCAGGAGCCCGCCCGUCACGGUCGUCAUCGUUUUGGUUAUGGUAUGUGCGGAUUUUCGGCCGCCAUUCCUAACAACGGCGACAAACGGCUUUAUAUCUCGGCUCCUGGUGUUUGGUACUGGCAAGGUGCUGUGUUCAGUCAAAGUAUCAGUAAUGUGACUGAUCGUCCUGAAACUCCAGCUGGACCGGCCGAAACUGACAAUUCAUAUAUGGGUAUGUCAAAUCUUACAUCUUUUCGACUUUAAAAUAGAUUUUUAAAAAGUUUUCGUAGUUUAAAAUUUGUCAGAAAUUAAGUUUCACAAAUAUUAGGAAGGUCGUAUUUUACAAAAAUCCUUUUCAGGCUACGCCUCAGCAGCCGCCGACUUCACUGGUGACGGUGUGGACGAAGUUGUUGUAGGUGCUCCACGUGCCAACUCGCUUAUCGGUAAGGUUACCAUCCUCGACGAGAAACUUAACGUCAUUCUCAACCUCACGGACCCACAUGGUCAACGUGGUCAAUACUACGGAGCCUCGGUCAUUACCACCGACUUGAACAACGACGGCAAGGCCGAUCUGAUAGUUGGAUCUCCAUUUUAUACGGAUUACACCACCGUUCUUGACGCCAAAACCCAAGAACAUAAGCCUCAAUAUGACAUUGGUAAAGUGUAUGUCUACAUUCAAGCUGGUGCCAGAGCCUUCAAGGACCCAAUCCAACUGAAAGGUCAUGAACAAUGGGGACGAUUUGGACACGCUUUGGCUGCAGCUGGCGAUUUGAACGGCGAUGGCUUCAACGACUUCAUCGUUGGUGCUCCAUACGAUGGUGAGAACCGCCAAGGAGCCAUCUAUGUCUACCAUGGUAGUGAAGAAGGUGUUAGGAAGGAGCACACUCAACGUAUUCAUGCCCGUGACAUUGCUGGCGAUCUCCGUACUUUCGGUUUCUCGCUUACUGCCGGCCGUGAUAUCGACAGAAACGACUACCCUGAUAUUGCUGUAGGUUCUAUGGACAGUGCCAAGGCUGUGAUCUUGAAGACGAAGCCAGUUAUUCAAAUCACUGGGUUCGUCAAGACCACCAGAAAGACGAUCAACUUGGAUGACAAGACUUGUGUUACCGAAUUCGGCCGUCUUCCUUGUGAAAAAGUCAAAUUCUGUUUGAAGUUCGCUGGCAAAACUCAACAUAACAAUGUUGAUGUUAAGGUUCAAGUCAAUCUCGACUCCAAGAACAAACAAUCUCCCCGCGCCUUCUUCGCUCGCCGUGAUCUUGACAAGAAACGUGGUGUUUCAAUUGACAAAUCGGCCGUUUCUCGCGAACAACCGGACAUUAUCACGCAAAACAUUGUCCUCAACAAGAACCGUGAAGUCUGUGAAACCUACGAUGUCUACGUUCCUGAAACCAUCCGUGACAAAAUCAGCCCCAUCUUGAUUAAUGUCAACUACACCUAUCAAGAGAAGCGCGCUCAGCCCGGUCAGUUGGAGCCAGCUGUUGACACCACAUUGCCUCAGGCGUUUGUCACUGAACUGACAAUCGAAAAAGAUUGUGGAGAUGACAAUGUUUGUGUCCCUGAUCUUCAAGUUCGUGCCAAGACCAACAAGGAGAAGUUCACCAUUGGUACCGAAGACAAGACUGUUACCUUGAAUGUUACUGUUGAUAACAAAGGAGAAGACUCGUAUUUGACUCAGUUCAAGAUUGAAGUGCCAGCCGGCUUCGAAUACGGUGGUGUUGAGAGCUACGACAACAAACACAAGGUUGCGUGUAGUCCCACUGACGAAACAAAGGUCGAGAAGGACGAGAAUGCUCCACAAGAAUUCGUAUGUGAAGUCGGAAACCCACUCCCAGCUAACGAACGUGCUGAUUUUGGCGUCAAAUUGACUGGUGAAAGUGUAGAUGCCAGCAAAGAGUUCGUUGAGGUUAAGAUGAGUGUCAACAGCACCAACGCUGAAGAAGAAGGCAGCACUGGAGACAAUGAUCUGACUGUCAGAAUCCCAAUUGAAGUCAAGGCUCAGUUGUCUUUGAUCGGCCGUUCCAACCCAGAACAAGUAGACUACUCAAUUAGAAACCGCACCCUGGCAGAAGCCGCUACUUUUGACUUUGAAGUAGGACCAGUUGUUUCUCAUCUGUUCCAAGUUAUCAACCGCGGCCCAAGCGUCAUCAACGGAGCGAAACUGGACAUCUUCUGGCCUAGCUUCUCAGACAAAGGCAAGACCUUGUUGUACUUGAUUGACAUGCCAUUCGUCAGUGACCCAUUGAAAGCUCGAUGCCAAGUAAAACAAGGUGCCAAUGUCAACCCAGCUGGACUUGCCAUUUCCAACCAACACGUUCCAACUCAGUCCAGUCUUCCUGAUGAAGCUGAAGAAGCGGAUAAGACUGAUGCUGAUGGUCAAUAUUAUGCCGAUGAUGGUGAAGAGGACUUUGAAGACGAUCGUGUUCCAUAUGAACAUGAAGAUGAGCCAGAGUAUAACAAGGAUGAUGAAUAUGAGACAGAAAACUACAGGAAAAAGAGAGCGGCCAGAAGAAAGAAGGAUGGCAAUGCCAACCGUCGCCAGCCUGACGCUUUGAAGAGAAAGUUGAGAGAGCAGAAGCACCAGAUGAGAGAAGCCGUACAACAAGCUAAACAAGUUGGUAAAGCCACUGAAUACCGUGGUCCUUUGAUUCCUAAUCAUCUGGUAAGUAAAAGACAUCAAAAUUUGUGGUUUUGAACAAAUUUUAAGCCCGUCUUAUAUUAUUGUAGAUCAAUUUUCCUAAUAUUUUGCCUAAAAAUCGAAACAAUCAAAAUUUAAAUCUUACCAUUUCAGAACUGUGCCAGUUUGAACUGUACCCAAAUUUCCUGCGACAUUGGAGAGCUGGGUGCUGAUGAAUAUGUUCUUGUUGAAGUAUUCUCUCGUCUAUGGCUCAACUCACUGAUCGAUGCCGAUUCUCAUGAAGCAGAAGUUUCUUCGCUAGCUUUUGCUCAAAUCACUUCAUUGCCAUAUGCUCCAAAGUACCAACCACCUCCACAAGUUAUCGCCGUCACCACCAAUGUCAAUCCAAUCGACCCCGAGUCGAUCGGAUGGGGAUUACCAUGGUGGUUGUGGUUGUUGGCCAUCUUGAUCGGUCUACUUUUGUUGUUGUUGAUCAUCUACUGCUGCUGGAGGGUAGGUUUUUGAUAAGUGGUCGGAAAGUUAAGAAAAAUCGUGCUUUAACAAUUUUUGUUACCUAAAAUGAAAAAAAAACGAAAAACUUACAUUUUAGUUAUUUUUGUUACCUAAAACUUUAAAGAACUCUCCAAAAACAUAACUUACAAUAACGAUUGUUACCUAAGCUUUAAAAGGAUCGCAAUAAUAAGCUGUCUCAUUCACACUAUUACCUAAAAACCAAGGAAAAACGUUAAAACCUUUUUUCAGUGCGGAUUCUUCAAGCGCAACCGUCCUCAAUAUGAGAAGGCCGAGUUCAACCGUGAAAACUAUGAAGACUACUAG